GUUUGUCCACGGUAUCGCCGUACCACCGCAUUAACAUACUGCACAGCAACACGAGCCACUGAGCCGAAACACUGCGAGUUCAGGUGCUCUGCUGUUAUUGGCCCGUCUUGACUUCCCAUCAGGUGCUGGAGGACGUACACUUAUAGAGGAAGCGACACAUCGAACCGCACGGCCCCCUUCACGCUCUACCCCUGCGCUAUGAGCAGAGGUAGAGGAGGGCCUCUCAAAGAAUCCGACAACAGGCAUCCACCACCCGACUCCCAGGCCAACGAGAAUUACUUUGGACCGGGUCCAUCCUCACUCUACCCUAGAGCUGGCCCACAGCAGAGCCCAUAUUCAAGUUACCACCACAGCCCUGCCCGUCCCGUAGUGCCCAUCCAGCCACCCCCAGCUCCUUCUCUCAGCCCCUCUGCUCCACCCAUACCAAAGCACAGGACAGUGGAUCCUACAUCAGAGGCUCCGAACAGCUCAUAUAAUCAGAAUCACGGCCCCAAUCCUGCUCCCAAUUCCUUUCAGUACCAACAGGCAGAGUUCCUCAGAGGACACAGCUCUGAGGCGCCGCAGUUUAGAGCCAGUCCACGUGGAGGGGGAGGAGGAGGGGUCUCAGACAGGUGUCCUAGUUCCUCAUCUCAGCACCAGUCAGGCUCCAGUAAAUAUUCAUCAUACCCCAACAACAGCUCAAGGGGUAGACGGGAGUAUAGUCAGGACCAGACUUCGGUAUACCCAGUAUCCCCGCGUAGCAAAACAGGCCCUCGACCCCUGAAUCAAAACCAGUUUUACGGUACAAACCACAACCCAUACGCCAUCAGACAGUGUCGCGUCCCAAUAGAUUCUGUGUGUGAACAUUUUCAGACUUUGUCCCUUCAUCGAGACGGGCGAAACAGAGGAGGAGAAAGGUUUGACAGACGUUCUGCCUCCAGGAGUUCGGCACAUUCACUCUCUACUAAAGUUGACCUAACUCUUAAUUCUGACAUCCAGGACCAGGUUCAGAGGACUUUGGCUGCUUUGAAGCCAAGUCAGGGUAUCUCUGCAAAAUUGUUAGCCAAAAAACUGCAUCUUUCCAAAAAGAUAGUCAACCAGGCUCUUUACUUGUUGGCGCGCUCAAAGAAAGCCUCCAAGCAAGGACUCCUCCCUCCUGAGUGGAGUCUUUGCAGAGAACCUCUCAGAGGUGAAGAAGAUCAAAACUCUAAAGUACAAAGUCCACCUUCCCAUCUGUGUGUCGGCUCAGGACACCCUCCAGAACCUGAAGCCAAGGUUGAACGAAAAACAGAAACAGUUGAAAACGGGGCACAAAGCAAAGAAGAGGACUCCAACACAGAAUCCAGUUCUUCUUACUGCAUCUCUUCAGAUUCAUCUGACUCUGAAGAGUCCCAGUCACCAGCGAAAGGUCAGCACCAGGAGAAACAACAUCCCGUCACUACAAGCUCACCUGAUCCGGCUCGUCCCACAAUGCCAGAACAGAAGGAGCUAGUUAUGCAGUACCUGCUGGAUACAAGGGAGGCAACUGCUCUUGUCAUAGCCAAAAAUCUGGGUCUUAAGAGUUCCAAGCAGGUCAAUCCAACCCUCUACUCGCUGGAGAAGCAAGGUGAAGUUGUUAAGAAUAAUGGCUCUAACCCGCCCACCUGGGAUCUCUCCAACCACCGCAGAGAGAGGAUGGAAAGGAGCCUCAAAGCCUCAAAGAGCAGCCGUGCUGAGGGGGAUCAGAUCCCAGAACCCAGUAGAGAUCAGAAUAGAGGAGAGUCCGUCUUCCUGUCGUCGUUAUCAUUACCACCAAUACUAGGCCUCGAGCUGCUGCCACUCCCAGAAGGUUGGAUGCCAGAGCAAAGUCGUAGUGAGGUGUCCCAGUCCUCAUUCCAGCCCCCCUCUAUCGCCUCGAAUAAAGAUGAAGAAACCAACGAAGGACAGUGGGCGACUGAUGACAUCCCAGAAUUCCUCAACGCCAUUCGCAGAGAGACAGAUGCUGGGAAACUGUCUGUCGAACAGGCCAACUCUGUGGGAACUGUAGCUGUAUCGCUGGCUGCUCCACCUCCCCAGAACCUGUGGGCCAAAUUGCAGGAGGUGAGGCUGAAGAACCCCGUCAGUGGUCUCAUGGAGUAUGCCCAGUAUCUGGGCCAUGACUGUGAGUUCCUGCUCCUCGACCAAUCGGGGCCCUCUCACGACCCACGAUUUCGUAUGCAGGUGAUGCUCAACAGAAGGCUGUUUCCUGUCGCAGAAGCUUCCAGUAAGAAAGUUGCAAAAAAGGAUGCCGCGGCGGCCACCCUGCGCAUUCUCAUCGGAGAGAUUCAGUCAGGGCCGAGUACGGGAGACGAGGGAACCGCCGUCAGUGCGGACCAAGUGAUGGAUGUACUCCCAGACACCAGUGGGCAAGCUGAAGGCGCAGCAGGCGCAGCAGGGGCUUUAGGGACGAGUUCUGAGGAAGGAAUGGGUACAGUGGAAGGACCUUGCCAGCCGCUGUCCCGCUCCCUGCCUGGUGGGAAGAAUCCGGUGUCUGUCCUGAUGGAGUACAGCCAGCGCAGCGGGAACCCCAUCGAGUUCGUCGUCACUGGGCAGGCAGGCCCACCGCAUGAUCCAAGGUUCAUGUACAGGGUGAAGGUUGGAGAGAGCUUGUUUACAGAGGCCUCAGCUCCCAGCAAGAAGGCAGCCCGCCAGCUGGCAGCAGAGGAGGCCGUAAAGGAAUUAAUGGCUGAUGGGAAACUGCAGCUCAACAAGCCUCAGUUGCCCCUGGGCUCUUCCAGUGACAGUGAUGCUACUGCGACGACGUGUCCCUCUUUGCCACCUCUCACUGCAGAUGAGUUGCGAGCAGCACACGAGGCAGGAGUGGGAGAUCUAAUCAACCACUUGAACAACAACGCCGUGUCAGGUCUUCUGGAAUAUGCUCGAGCGCGAGGCUUUGCCGCUGAGAUUCGACUCGUGGGCCAGUCUGGACCACCGCAUGAGCCGAAGUUCACCUACCAGGCCAAGCUGGGCGGACGCUGGUUCCCUCCAGUGUGUGCGUCCAACAAGAAGCAGGGAAAACAGGAAGCAGCCGAUGCAGCUCUACGGGUUCUGAUUGGAGAGGCUGAGAGAGCAGCCCGCACUGGGGAGCUUAUCCCAGCUGAGCUUCCAGUGAGUGGCAGCACUUUGCAUGACCAGAUAGCGAUGUUGAGUCACCAGCGUUUCAACGCCCUGACCACACGUAUCCAGCACAGCCUUCUGGGACGCAAGAUUCUGGCCACCGUCGUCAUGAGGAGGGGAGAAGGCCUGGGCACUGUUGUCAGCCUGGGAACUGGAAAUCGAUGUGUUAAAGGGGAGGAGCUAAGCCUUAAAGGGGACACUGUUAAUGAUUGCCACGCGGAAAUCAUCUCCAGAAGGGGAUUUGUUCGGUUUCUGUACAUUGAGCUGCUCAAGCAUUACGAUAACACAGAGGACAGUAUAUUCGAGGCAGUGGAGAAUGACAAACUGCAAAUCAAAUCUGAUAUCACCUUUCACCUUUACAUCAGCACGGCACCUUGUGGGGAUGGCGCUCUGUUUGACAAGUCAUGCAGUCAGGCAGGAGAUGAAGACGAGGGUCAUCAUCCACUGUUUGAGAAUGCUAAGCAGGGAAAGCUGCGCACCAAAGUGGAGAACGGCGAGGGCACCAUCCCAGUGGAGUCGAGUGCCAUUGUGCCCACGUGGGACGGCAUCCAGCACGGGGAGAGGCUGCGAACCAUGAGUUGCAGCGAUAAGAUCCUCCGCUGGAACGUGCUGGGUCUGCAGGGAGCCCUGCUCACCCAUUUCCUGCAUCCAAUCUACCUGAAGUCAAUCACGCUCGGCUACCUGUACAGCCACGGUCACCUCACUCGGGCCGUUUGCUGUCGGCUGUCCAGAGACGGUGAAGCGUUCACCCAAAGUCUCCCUCAGCCCUUCAGGCUAAAUCACCCAGAGGUUGGCAGGGUGAGUGUGUACGACUCCACACGACACACAGGCAAGACCAAGGAGUCGAGUGUGAACUGGAGCUUUCCAGACCAGCAAAGCGUCGAGGUGCUGGAUGGCACCAAGGGCAAACUGGAUGGAUAUGGGAACAAACUCUGUGUGUCCAGAGUGUCCAAGUCCAACCUGUUCUGCCUGUUCCGCUCUGUGUGUGAGCGGAGUGGCCGCACCGACCUCCUCACGCUGCCCUGCUACUCGCAGGCCAAGCUGUUGGCCAUGUCCUUCCAGCUAACCAAGCAGCAUUUCUUCCGAGCUCUGAGCAACCACGGCUACGGCGCCUGGAUCGGCAAGCCGAUGGAAGAGAAGAGCUUCGAGUCAGGGGAGGGAAACCGGAACAAUGGAGGGGUCCCUGUGGGAUACGGCAGCAGUAGAAAUGGAGCAGCAGCGGAGGUCAAGCAAGAGGACGCAUAGAACGGUGCAUUAUUAAGUGGGUGAUAUAAAUACGUGGGGGGGGGAGAAAAGCACACGGCAAGAGUGGACGUGAUGGGAAAAAGACAAUCAAAGCAGGCGUAGGCAGCAGCCACAAGUGUGUCUCCUGAUGAACGUGGUUGAAGGCUGCAGAGCGAGAGGAUUGGAAAGAGACAUAAUAGAAGAGGAAGAUUGCCAGGGUAAAGCUCAGGGAAUCACCGCGGUAAACCCUGCUGCAAAUCUGGGUCCUAUUAGUCUGCAAAACAAUUACUUAUUGGAUUCCUGUAUACAGUUUCAUACCCUUUGGUUGGUUUAGAGUUAUAAUGUCAGUUUUUCUUUUGUCAUUCCAGUGUUUGGCAUAUCCUGCCAUUUGUCCUUUAUGUUCUGUUCUAGUGGAGAUAUAAACUGAUGUUGCAGUGUGGACCCAGGUGACUCGGCCUCUUUAAGCUGCUGUUGUCUAGUUUUGCCGUGAGAACUGAAGUGUGCUGCUAAUUGGCAUUCGCCCUAAUAUGACCCAUCAUUGUAGCAGUGGUUUCAACUGUGAUUAAGUUCAUGUAAGUCAACAUCCUCGGUCAUGUGGUGCUUAUUGUUGUUUCGGCUCCCUGCGUUCGGCUGCGUUGACAUACCAGCAGCUGCUCUUUGAACAGCAGACACAAUGAGACGCCCUCAGCAGGAAUCUUGAUUUGAUGAUAAUUGCACUCACCCGAGAUGGAAGUCACGAGUAAACUAGUCCUCGCUCAGCGCAGCUUUCACUUGAAAGAAGAACCCCAAAACCAACUUGUACUCCGACCGGUGACUACCAAGCAUUCACGGGUCAACAUGCGAGGCGUGAGCUCCUGAAGCCUUCGACCCCGCCCCUUUCCGAGUCAUUUAAACUAACUGUACAUCCUCGGCUGUUCUGCCGUGUGGUGUUGCCAUGGUUACCAAAAGCAUAGCAUAUGCUAGUGCGCCCCGUUGAUCGAUCCCAUAAUUUAUUUUUUAUAGAAUUACUGAUGUCAGGACUUCCCAGAAGUACAAUCUUUCAGUUAUUGCUUGGGUAUUUCUUUUUUUAUCUUCACUUCUGGCAACAAUGUUCACAAGUAGCUGGCCAUGCAAUCAAAUCCUGGAGAGCUUCACCUGUUCUAAAUUUCAUUUAAAUGUUUUCCAUUUUCUUUUCAUCUUGAUACGAACAGGCUUAUAGGUUCUCUUGCAUGGCCAGUUUCUGAGGACUGCUGGGUGAGGGCCGUGUUGUUAUCGGAGAGUGUGUAGUCUGUUCCUGAUUUUCUGAUGUAGAUGGAUGGCGCAAUAUAGACACCGGGUAUAUACACACAAAUACAUGAUCACGCAGAUGUUACAGUGGGGUCCACAAGCCUGAGUCCAGUUCCAAAAACUCAUAACUAACAAAUGUAAAGUCAAAAUAUUGCUUAUUGUUGUUUUUUAUGAAGGAAGUGAAAGAAAUGAAAUUUUUUUAAUUUUGGGUAGAAUUUCAGAAUCUCAUUUAUCCAGGUGCUCUUUAAGAUCAGAGAUGCACUGUGAUAACGUGACGAUACAGUGUGUGUUGUGUUUGAGGUCGGGUCACGAGAGGGAAAGCCAUACAAGGCGGACCUGCCAUUCUUCAAACUUCUUUUUUGGCGCUUUUGGUUGUAAAAGCCAUUGUUUUGCUAUAAAAUGAAGGUUUUAAGCUUGAAUUGCUGAUGGGCCUCUGUAGACUGACACCUCUAUCUGGUCGUAUCUCCUACUGCAGCCCUAGAGUUGAGUUUUUAAUUGAGGACUUUGCUUCUGUAUUUAGCAGUGAUUCAUGUUAUUGUUUGAGUCUGAAUAAAGACUUUACACUCGAUGCAAAAACAAGUCGACAAAGUCCCCUAUCAAGUUUCAGCAGUCACUGCAAUAGAAAUUACACAUGAGACAUUAUUGAGAAAAAAAAUCUAUUUUUCAGUAUUUGUUUUGCAGUUUUUUUUAAUGAUUACUGUAAUUAUUUAGAUUUUUACCAGCUCUUAUGUUGUUGUUUAAUAUAAAGCUUUAAGAGAAGAACAUUUGUUUUUAUCAUUGAAAUGAGACUUUUGGACCCCACUGAAUGCAAACAGAUGUUUUUGUAUAAAGAUGUCUGUGUAUGUAUUUGUAUAAUUUGUGAUGUAUAUAUUUUAUAAAAAGUCUACAGUUGAAUUUCUAUGUUUUAAUUAAACUGCAAAGAACAAUGUUUUUUUUUUUUACUAAUGUUUGGAAAGUUCAAAGAAAAAAAUUAAAAUGUGAUCCUCA